AUGACAGCCCAUUCGCAUUCCACAGUGAGCCAUGGAACGCAUCUCACCACCUUGAAAUCUCAUCUUCUCGCCUCGGAGAUCAUACCUAAAUACUUCACCAUGAUGCGCAUCAGUGGCCCCAGGGCCCGGUUCGCUCUCCUUGCUCUAGUCGUCUUUGCCCUGUGCUCGUUCGUGCUUGUAGGGCCCUACAAAGUAACGCCAUCACAUCUAGCACCAACAUCGGUCGAGAAGAAGCUGGGUCGUACUAGCGAAGCCGUGCUCACCGGACAUGCGAUCGCGCCAAAGUUGGAGAAUGCGACGGCAAAGGCAGAACUCGGUCGUGCCGCGUGGAAAGUCUUACACACAACCUUUGCUCGCUUCCCUGAAAGCCCUACCGACGAGGAGCAAGAGGCACUGCGGUCAUACGUACACCUGUUCCAACGCCUGUACCCUUGCGGGGAAUGCGCAGAGCACUUCGGGCAAGUACUCGCAAAGUAUCCUCCUCAAGUAUCGUCGCGGACAGCAGCUGCCAUGUGGGGGUGCUACGUACACAAUAUCGUCAAUAAGAGGCUGGGCAAGCCUGAGUUCAAUUGUGAAGAUAUAGGUGAUGCAUAUGAUUGCGGUGGCUGUGGAGACGUCCUCACAAAGAAGAAGCUUGACGGGCAUCGUAACCAAUGCUAUGGCGCUUCCUUUACCUGCCUCGACUGCAUGGUCCACUUCCCAGGAACCUCGUACAAAUCUCAUACGGCCUGCAUAACCGAAGACCAAAAGUAUCAGGGCAAACUCUACAAAGAGAAGAAGAAGGGCCCGCAACAGAAGAGAGACAGCGCCUACCACGACAACUCUCAAGCCCUCACACCUCACAACGCAUCCGUCGAAGAAGCGCGCGAUGAUGACAACGCCGUCGCAGUCGUGGAUGCCCCGCCUCGUGCGCCCACUCCUCCGCCAGCGGCGCACUCUCUAGGCUAUCACGAGCAAGAGUCUAUUGAGGCUCCUAAUGUCUUCGAUUUCCUUGACCCCUCGUCGACACCCAAUGUUCCGAGAACGAGCGCGCCCAUCAACGAAGCGCGCAUGCUUGAAGAUAGUCAGCCACCUGCAUACGAGGAGCAGUACAUGCCUACAAUCGCCGACGUCAUGAAGUUCCAGGUACCCGACGACGACGAGCCCUUUGCACAAAACGGCUUCUCGUACGGGAACGAGCAAGUUCGUCCUUCCAAUGAGCGCUACGACUCGUACACUACACCUGCCUCCAAGCCAAAGCACUCGAGGAACAAGUCGCGCGACACGGACGUUGAAACCACGUCGAAGAAAACCGAUCGUAAGCGCAAGCGCAAUUCGCCCAGUGAACUCGAUAUGUCGCUGGUCCGCGCCCAAGAGGAAAGAGACACUAUGAUGGCAGAUGCGCCCGCGACGCUUCACUCUGGUCUCACUGGAGGGCUGAACAGACUGCUUGCCCGACCCGAGUUCCCACCUUCGCCGGAUGACUCUGGUGACUAUGUCAACUCGCCUCUGAGCCCCAUGAAACGCGCCAAGCAGGGUAAUUCGAAGGCUCUUAUGCGCGCGCAGCGAGAAUACGAGGCGGAGCAAGCUAAGCAGCGCAAGGCUGACACCAAGGCUCGUGAGCAAGCAGAGAAGAAGGAGAAGGACAGGGGCCGCGAUAAGGAGCGCAAAGAGCGCAAGGCUAGCACUGCUCUCGUCAAGAUCAGGCCCAAGAAGAAGCGCGAGGAUUCUACAACUGAGGUUCGCCGAGUCCGCCGUCGCCAAUACUCGUCUUCGGUGUCGCCACCACCGCGCGAGAGCAAAGCGGUCAAGGCCAUUGAGUACCAUCGUUCGGCAACAAACUCUCCGGAGCCAGAUGGCCAAGGCCAGCUGAUUGUGCGGCCCACUGGAGACGUUGCACCUAUAUCCUCGCCUGCAGGACUGUUCAUGUCCUUCAUCACCAAGGGCCCAGACUCCGAGCGCGGCAUGAGUGUCAACAAGGCUCUGAAACGGUAUCAUCGCGAGCGUCACGAAAACCAUGCCCGCGCGCCCUCCAAGGCUGACGACGAGAAAGAGCUCUGGAAGGAUCUACGUCUCCGAAGAAAUGAUAGGGGCGAGAUUGUUCUAUUCUAUGCUCCUAACGAGGCUUCGUGA